CCGCGACCUCUUCCUUUCCAUGGCCGCACACAACGAGUCCGAAGAACCGUACAUCGAGAAAAUAUAUACGAAUACAUUUGGCGAGGAUUUUGGGGAGGAGGAGCACUCGCUCGUGGUGCCCGAGACGGCUAGGAUGAACCAUGAUUGUCGGCCCAAUGCGAUGUAUUAUUUUGACUGGAACACGUUGGUACACUACACGCAUGCUUCGAGGAGGAUUUAUGCUGGGGAGGAGAUCACGAUUACGUAUAUCGAUCCUUUACAGACGAGGUUGAGGAGGAGGGCAGCGAUCAAGAGUUCGUGGGGCUUUGAUUGCAGCUGCAGCUUGUGUUCGGCUGAGAAUCACUUUAUCCGCGAGUCGGAUCGACGGGUUAUAGAGAUCAAUAGGAUCAGCAAAAUCUUGGAUGAGGUGGUGAGCCAGAAUGAGACGGAGAGGGAGGCGGCGAGGAAACACGUUUCGGCUGCGGCGGAGAUGGCGGACUUGUUGGUUAGCUUGUAUGAGCAGGAGAGGCUGCAUGCUGGUAUUGCAGAUGGAUAUAGAUUGGCGGCGCUAGUCUACGCAAGUAUUGGGAAUGAGUGGAGGGCCGUGAAAUGGGCAAUGAUGGCUGCUGAUAUUGGGCUCAUCCAUGAUGGGCCCGAGGACGAGGGUGUCCUUGAUGUGAGAAGACUAUUGCUUGCGCCGAGGCAACAUUGGAGUUGGGCUGUAAAUUUAUGACAUUUGUAGCUGUAGUUAGUGAAUGUAA